GCAGCAUGGGGCUGCUACACUGGAGCUGGCUCUCAAAAAGCGCUUCAAAACUCUUCAAGUCCAGCUACCUAGUCCAGCCCGCCUCGGAAAGGGACUCUCUGGCUCCUUCUGUAUUAGCAGACUGCAUCUUCAAAAUCGUAUUCUGUUGAUUCUUGCGGAACCCAAAGUUCAGCUCAAAAUUUGAAGCGGAGGCGUUCAACGUAUUGUAGGCUGCAGCUUCUGCUGCAAGGACCAGUGUUCAUUACUCCAAAAUGUUGAACAUUGGUACGUCAAUGUAUCAAACAUCCUGACAAAUCUGUCAGCAAAUGCACAGAUACCACCGCAUUGUCACAGGGUAUGCGCAAUUUGUGUGAUAAAGUUUCAAGUCACCGCUGCUGAGCGCCCUUCCAAACAGAACGCCUCGCGCGCAGGGGCUAUGAUUAGUCAAUCUGACUGUGCGGUUGAAGGUUGAAAGUGAGCUUGGAAACUCUUCCACGCCAACGCAAGUUUUGUCGCCUGCCCUACCGAAUUUUGCCGCUUUGAUCGUUUCCCAAUCUACAGCCCUUUUUGAAACUCCCAUCAAGCACGAUGUCGACAUCCUCCCCCAUGCAAACAUCCUCGCCGCUCAAGCCAGAAAUCGCAACAUGCGCCGACCUCUCUCCCCCUGAGCUUCAAGCUCUAGCGGAGCGCUUAGCAGACCAGCUACGCAAAGAUGAGGAAACGCUUUCCAAGGGGGGCAUUCCCUCCCCCCUCGCCAUGAAUAUGCCGCGCAAAGGCACUGCGAUCGACAAGCAAACCCGCCUCGCGCACUUAGUUGCACACUCUCUCUGGCCCCCCCGAAACGAGGCAGAGGAGAUCUGGAGCCUGAUCAAGUACGGACAGCUGAUCUCGACACUGUCGAAAGUCGUCAAGGGGGGGUGGAGGAAAGCGGAGGCCGAGAGGCUCGCGCUGAAGCACGCCCCCCGGGUGCACAUGGACCGCGGGGCGUUUUGCACACUGAAAACGAGGGGGGUAUCCCGGGCGGUGCGCGAACCGCGCGCGAUGCCGGUGGCGCUGACGGACGCGGCGGAGUUCCGGCCCUUCUUCGACUUUCUGAAGGCCGACCAGGUGCCUUGGAGCAACACAAACCCCGACCCGGGUGCCCGGGUGGAGUUCCCCCGGGGCAUCUUCUACUCCGACGGCCGCAUGGACCUCUGCAAGCAAGUCGUCGGGCCGGGCUCGAUCGGCCCGCUGAUGGACUGCUUACGUCACAACUCGCACAUACGUCACUUCCUGCUCGGGAACAACGUCAUCGGCCCCGCGGGGGCGCGCGCGAUCAGCGAGUUUAUUGCACAGAACGAGAGUGUUAUCACCUGGUACCUGGCGGGCAAUUGCAUCGAUGUGAAUGGGGUCGCGCGGCUCGCGGCCGCGCUGGCGGAGAACGACGUCGUCGAGGCGCUGUGGCUGAAGCGGAACCCGAUUGGGCCAGUGGGGGCGCGCCACGUGGCAGAGAUGCUGACGACGAACGUGCGUUUGCACACUCUCGACUUGGACAAUUGCGGCUUGCUCGACGACGGGGUGGUUUCGUUAGUCGCCGGGUUCAAAGCUAACGACACAUUGCGUCAUCUCUACCUCAGCGCCAAUGGAAUCACGCCAGCUGGCGCCGUUGCGCUCGGUGAAUACUUUACCGACUGCUCGACCAAAGGAAAAGCGGGCCUUGAGAGCCUUUACCUGUCGGUAAACAGGAUCGGGGAUUCCGGUGCCGCUGCCCUGGCGAAAGGGCUCCGUUCCAACCGGGGGCUCAAGCGGCUCGUGGUCAGCUCUAACCAGAUCGAAGCGGCGGGCGCGGCCGCACUGUGCGACGCGCUGACUGGGCACCAAACCCUCGAGGUUUUGGACCUCGGCGUUUAUACGUCGACGGCUGAUAUGGGCGAGCUGCCCAAUCGGAUCGAGGACGCGGGCGCGGCCGCGGUCGCGCGGCUUAUCCGGACUAACCCUAAACUGGUUUACGUGAACGUGGCGCACAACGGGCUGACACGUGGCGGCUGGGGGGAGGUCGUUGGGGCGGCGAUUGACAGCCCGAGCCUGGUGCAUUUGGACGCCGUCGAGCGGGGGCUGCGAAAGGAACCGCAUCAACAGCGGCGGCUCGCCGAGCAACUAGAGCGGAACAUUCUCGGCCGGUAUGGGAUCUCCCGGGCGGAGUUCCUGCGGACGGAGCUCAAGUUCGUACGGCAGCCGGACAACGUUCGGUACAUCGAGAGCCUGUACCGGACGCGCGACUUUCAGAACCGAGGGACGCGCAGAGGGGUGAAGAAAUUCUGGGACGAGGGGGACGAGACGCUCAAAAUGGUGGCGAUGAGCGCGUAAUUAGACGAAUUGAAGCCAAAAAGAAGAACAGAAAGGAUUCCAGAAGAGACGGUCGAUCCCGUCAGCUUUCAACGAUGGCUUCAUUAGUGAUUUCGGUCUUUCGUAGUGCUUAUCAAGCGCAUAUAGCAUAGAGGGUUGCUUGGAUUGGAUAGUUGUACGUACGCUUGGUUGUUGAAUUCGAAGAGGACGUGCAAUUUCAACUCAACAUUUCAUGUGCGUGCGAAGAAAAUUUAUAACCGUACUCAAGAGAUUACCAAGAAGGAGUUGCAAUGCGGCCCGGCAGAGUCAGUGCGUGUUAUAGACGUAGUUGAAAGGAUUUAUAGAGAGCUAUAUAACCGGAACUCUAUAUAAUUGCGGCCCGCGGG